AUGCUAGGCACCAUGGGCGGCAUGGGCGGCAUGGCCACUUCGUCCUCGGCGGCGAGCCUCCCGCAGCGCUCGCCCUUCGCCAUCCAGGAGCUGCUGGGCCUCGGGUCGUCCUCGGAGGGCCAGAGGUCGCCGCCCGGCCUCGGCUCUGCCAACGGCCUCAGCUCCGCCAUGACCCCGUACACCGCCGCCCGCACCCUGGCCUCGCAGGCGUCGCAGCUGCUCGAGCCGCUGGUGGUGGGCGCGGGCGCGGGCAUGGGCGGCGGCAUGCGGGGCUACUUCGGCCAGUUCAACCCCUUCAGCCCGGGGCCGCCCCAGAUGCUCGCCCUCGACCCGAGCCUCAGGCACGACGCCCACCACCCCAGCCACGCCCACUCAGGCUUCAGCUCCGAGAGCCUCUUGGGCAAGCCUGGCGACCCGCCCUCGCUCGGCCUCUCCAGGAAGAAGAAGAAGAAGCGGAGACACAGGACGAUCUUCACGUCUUACCAACUGGAGGAGCUGGAGAAAGCCUUCAAGGACGCCCACUACCCUGACGUGUACGCCCGCGAGAUGCUGUCGCUCAAACUCGACUUGCCCGAAGACAGGAUACAGGUGUGGUUCCAGAACCGGCGGGCGAAGUGGCGGAAGACGGAGAAGACGUGGGGCAAGAGCACCAUCAUGGCGGAGUACGGCCUCUACGGCGCCAUGGUCAGGCACUCGCUCCCGCUGCCGGAGACCAUCGUCAAGUCGGUGGAAUCCGGAGAGGAGUGCCCUGCCCCCUGGCUCCUAGGGAUGCACCGGAAGAGCCUCGAGGCCGCCCAGCAGCUGCAGAAGGCAGAAGAGAGAGAGAAGGAGCAUGACGUAGACAACAAGAGUUCAGAAGAUUCAAGAGACCUCCAUCACGUUGACUCUGAUGGAGGAGCCGCCAUCGCCACUGCCCAUCCCCUCACUACCACGCCCCCCCUCCUGUUGCAGGUCGAGCAGCAUCGCCGCGCUCCGCCAGAAGGCCCAGGAGCACAGUGCCAGACUCCUACAGGAUGUCGGCCCCCACCACGACCCCCUCCCCCCCACCCCCGCCGACCUGGCCCACGCCUACAUGCACGCUCACAGCCUCCACCAUCAACAGCAACAACAGCAACAACAACGACAACCCCCGCAGCUGCAACAACAGCAACAGCAGUCACAGCAACAGUCACUAACGGGGCCGCAACAGCCUCGGCCGCUGCAUCUCCACCAGUCUUUUUAUUCCACAAUUGGUCUGAAUGGCUAGUAAUAUUUGCUGACACAUUACAUGAGAUUAGUGAUACCAAGAAUUCAGUAAAAGAGAGGGGGAAACAUCCACGCAAAUCGGCAACCUCAAAGCAGAGGGAAGAUCUUCGAGGAGACAUUGCCCCGGAGACCAAGGCUGAAGACGGCCCUUCUGGACUAAGCAGUGCCAUCCGAAGAGGUCAAUGGAGAGCCCCUCCCCCUCCCCCGCAAGGAGUGCCACAGGGGAUCCUAAGCGUGCCGUGCCUAGGAUCUUACCUUACAUUCCUUGUUAGAAGAACAGUGACGGCAAGACAAUUCUAG